UGUGUGUCCACCGUUGCCCGGCAUCUAUCACGUAAACGUAACACGAUACAACGACAAUUCAGUGUUUGUUUUCCUAAAUGAAACUGUGUUAUAACGUGCCAAUAUAGCGAAGUUGUUUUAUUGAGUGAUUAUUUGGUCUAUGAAUUUUUCAGUGAGGAUUGUUUUUAAGUUAAUUGGAUUUUGAAUGAGCGAGCGCGAAGGAAAAUGUCAACAAAUACUUUUAUUUCGGCAUCUGAGGAUGUUGCAGUGGCUGAUGCUAAAGAUCGAAUCUUAGAACGAGACGCAGGCUUCGUAUCAGGUGGGGAAGAUGACGACUCGUGUUCCGGUCCAGCCCAUUCUGACGACUCCGGAGUCAGACUCACCGAGUCCGACUCGCGAGUCAAACGAGUCCACUCCCCGACCCGCCAGCCCCCAAAGAAAAGAAUCCGCCUCGAUUCCACAGAAGAUCUAUGCGAAGCCCCAAGAUUCAGGCCUUGGUCUUACGUUGAAGAACCACAAAUAGAACCUUUAUCAUUAGUGAAGAAAAGCGAAACUAGUCUACUAAGACAAAGGCGGAGGCCAUUAGAACCGCCCCCACCACUUACGCCCACCCCCAUACCCGACACUCCCGGCCCUCCCAGAGUACCACCACAUCCAGGAGUAACAGACCCUGGAUUCACGGAGAAAAUCAAACCUAGAGAGCAGAGGAAUUACAAAAACAUGACGAGAGAGCGGAGAAUAGAAGCUAAUGCUAGAGAACGGACGAGAGUUCAUACAAUCAGUGCGGCAUUCGAUACCUUACGAAAAGCAGUACCCUCCUAUAGUCAUAACCAAAAAUUGUCAAAACUUUCCGUACUUCGGAUAGCGUGCGCGUACAUUGCAGCCUUGUCCGCAGCGACGGAACCUGACGCCGACCUCGCAGAGGCAGUGGAAAAAGUCACGCAAACAAUACACACGGAAGGAAAACUCAGGAAAAAGAAAGACGAGCCUUGAAGGAAAACUCGCUAAUGGAGGACUUUAGCAAUGGUUCCUUGAAUCUUUAUACCGUCCUUUGAAGCCUUCGAAGUCAUUGAGUACAAAAACGACAAUAAAUAAUACUUACCUAAAUAAUUAUUUGUUGUUGAAAAUUAUUUAUUCGAGAAACGCGAUAGAUUAAUAAGGAUUUUAAGAAAGCGGAAGUUUUUUUGUAUUUCAAAUUUUUGGGCUGAAUCUCAUUCGACUGAUGACGAUACACUGACUGAUGACGAUAUACUGACUUAUGUGAAUGUCAUGAAAGUAUUAACUAUGCGCAUAAUUCAUUUGUUGUGGAUAUAAGUAUAGAUUUUGUAGGUAAUUCUACAUCUGUACACGUUAAUUCGGUUAGGCCAAAGAGGAUACAAACACUGACACAUCCUAAAUCUAUGGUUAACAGUUUGUUAAAACUUGAAUAUCAUAGAGAAUCAGAGCCCUCAUACAAAAUAAUUGUUCCCGUUUUUAAAUAAUUUAACUUCGAAGUUCUGGUGUUGUUAAGACGAAUAACCUUGUUUUGCAAUGAAAUUUUAUUAUUAUCAAUUAAUGAUCGAUCGUUAACAUAACAUUUCGUAAUAAAGACAAAAUCCUUAGAUUAGUUGUUUAUAGGUCACUGCUGCGCUCCUGCUAGAGAUACCACCGAAAUCAUAGCCAAGUGCGGCCCAAAUCAUGAACAGAGAUAGAAUCUUACUUUUUUUUUCUAAAGUUUAACUACAGUUAUAACAGUAACUUAACAACUGCAAACACUAACUGUGUCUACAAAGUAUGAUAUUGGUGGCAAUUCUGUUGUAUAUAUUAAUUACGGACACUAAAUUGAAUUUAUUAAAUGAACAUUCUUCUGCUUUGAGGAAAUUGAUAAUACUAUUUUUUAGGCCUUCCUGUUUAGUUUAAAAUCAAAUUGGUUCCAUUGAGUGUAAUCGCAUUUAAAGAGCAAUUGUUCUUUUGGUUGUGUUAGUUAAGUGCAACGGGAUUUAUGAUUUAUUUAGUGGCAAAACCAUUCAAAGAAAAUCUAUUGACUACAAUAGUUUAGUUUAUCGUUGAAUCCAUUUCCAAAAGCGCAGUAUUAAAAAGAAUAGACAAACAUAAAUGACAAAACUGUGUAAAGUAAUGUAUUUUUGGCUUUAAUACUUUAUAUUUAUUACAAUUUUACAAAUCGAGUCAGUAGUUUUAAGGCAGAAUUGUAUAUUUUAUUUAGUUAGUGUGUAAGUUUUGUAUCAUAUGUAAAUAGUAAUUUAAGAUGACGUGAACAGUGAAUUUGAAUAGUUAAACUUCUUUAUACCUAUAACUAAGGGCAUUUUUGUAAAAUGGUGUAAGACUAAAAAAACUUUAGUUAUGAUAUAAAGACAGUUCAAUUAUUAACCUAAUGGAGAAUUUAUGCUAGGAUAUGUCGUGUCUAGGCCGUAACAUUAGCGGGCCAAUACCGCCUGGAUCUGGAUGACGUGUAACACAGAAGAACCAAGAAAGUAAAAUUCUACGAAAAUUUUAUAUUCUAGACUUGUGUGAGCGAGGCGUACGGUUUGGUAGUGUAAGAAAACUCACCUCCAGUUUCUGAACGGUGAUCAAUGAUACAAAUAACCAGUCUGCAUAUUAAGAAUUUAUGAUAUUUACGAUUUGAUAGCCACAAAUUAGUAAAUCUAUCAAAGUUUAAAUUAUAAUCGGCGUUUCUGCAAAACAGUCAAGUUUACUGUACGCCAACUACAAAUGCUUUUCGGUAUGGCUAGCCUAUGAUUUGAUCGGGCGUUCUGAAACUGACGGUCUGUUAUGAUAAUGAAUGCCACGUCAUUUCCAACCGAUCCUUACCAAACAAAACACAGGAUAUGACAGUGACAGUUUUUUUCAUAAUGCUGUAUGUACUGAAAAAGGCUAAUCCGCGUACGGUACGGUUGGUAGGUAAUACAUAAAUAUUAUCCUAAAAUAUACAAUGUUGAAUAAUAAGUCAUUAUUUGAAUGCCUUAAAUAUAUGUACCUAAUUGUGAUAAUAUAUUUCUGUAGAAUAGUUAUUGCGUUAUUUGUGACUGUGACUUUUGUGGCAUUGCAACUUAAUUUAUUGAGGGAUUCAGUCGACUGUA